GAGCUUGGAAGAAAUUGGCUUUGACGUCGCAGUUCGCUUGUACGAGGCGCACGAGCGCCUUGUUCGCUGUAUCGUCCCGGCGGCGAAGCUGACGGAGAUCAACGUUUUCGAAGCCCCUGUCAACGUCACGGCGCUCAUAGACUUUUUCGGCUGGCCCCAGCCCGAGUUUGUCCCGCUCUAUCCUCGCAUCGGUGGGGAAGAUAGCCGCUAUGACGAGGAGAACUUCCUCAUCUGCGUCACUGGCCAGAUACGCCGGCUAGAGCUCAAGACGAAGGUGGAGCGCCUCUUUCUUCCCCUGGCCCAAGCUGGCUUUACUGUUCUGGUCGCACUG